GCUGUAGGGUCGCACGACGCCUGGAGAAGUCUUGAGGCUUGACCCAUUGAUCUAGAAUGUCAAUAUACUUGGAUUCACUGCGACCACUUCUCCCGGCCGACGUCCGAAGUCAGCUCGACCGUGCCCUGGUCCCCGACGUGAAGUCCAUCGUGGACGCCAUUUUGCGACUAGCUGUGGGCGCAUCAGCGCCAGAGAAUGACCUUCUACCGGGCUGGGAGGGGCUGCGGUCUCGCGCCGCCGAAAUCAUAAGCGAGCUCAAGCGUGGUGAGCCUGCUAUAUCUCACAAACGCGCGAGAGAAGACGAGCCUGCGUCGUCGGCGAAGAAACCCAGGCCGCAUAGCGAGUCUCUCGAGAACGAUCCUCCCGCCUUCACGCUCCACGCGCUGUCCGUUUCCGCGCCCAUCCGCAAGAAAGUCAACAUUUCCGUGCACCGGUCCUCCAUCCGCCUCACAAAUCCCUCCACACAAAAAGAAGAGCAUGCGCCUAUACCCCUCGACGCGCUUCAGCGCGUGUUCCUCCUCUCCACGCGCGGAAAGAGCAAACCCCACUGGACCGUCGUGCUCCUGGCUACAGAUACCCCCACACCGACAGGCAAGGCCUUCGACGCUGCAAAAGAGAGCGCAGCCCCCCAGCUCGUGUUCGGACUCGAUGCUACCCUCACCGCCCCCUUCACCACAACGACUUAUGGAGCCGAUGGGUCUCCUAAGACCGACACAUACCCCAAGGGAAGCGCGACCCUGCCCGCCCUGCGCGCGUUCCUCGCCCACAUACCCAUCCAGACGCUCGAGCCGUCCACAUCCGUAUUCCGCGCCGCAAUCACACAGUCGGGAGAUGGCGUCGCCGGGGUGGAGGCGUACCGCGGCGCGAAGCAGGGCACACUGUGGUUCCUCGACGAGGGUGUCCUGUGGGACGGCAAGCCGUGCGAGUUCUUCGCGCUCGAGCACCUCGCGUCCGCGGGCAAGAACGAGCACGCGUAUGAGGGCGUGCGCACACUCAGCGCGACGGGCCGCACGUGCUCGGUCAUCCUGCGGCGGCGCGCAGGCCAAGGGGCGGCAACGAAACGCAAGGCGGGUGCGGAGGCGAGCGACGAGGAGGAGGGCGCGGAGGAGGGCGAGGAUAUCGACUUCGGGAUGGUGGAUGGGAAGGAGCAGGAGCCCAUCGGACGCUGGGUGAAGGCGCACCGACAUCGCUUUGGUCGUCCGGCGGACUCCGAGGGGGGCGCGGGACACCGUAACGGGGCGUCUCAGGUGGCGGCGGAUCCGAAGGGCAAAGGGAAGGCGAAGGCGGAGGACCCGCGUGCGGAGGACACGGAGGACGAGGAAGACUCGGACUUUACCAUGGGCACUUCAGACGACGAGAGUAGCGGGGACGAGUCGGAGUCCGGCAGCGACGCCAGUGCGGAAGGACAGCGCGAGGGCGGGGAGGGAGGAGAUGACGACGAAGACGAAGAGGGGAACGCGAGCGACGACGUUACCGGAGACGAGGCGGAAGACGACGACGAAGUUGAGGAGCUGGACCCGAAGCAUCAUCCGCUCUUGCGUCCGGGCGCGAUGCCGAAGAUGUCGCGCGCGGCGGUCGAUGCUGUCGUCGGGAUGGUUGAGCAGGACUUGAUGGGUGGUGGGCGGAAGGGAUCCCAGGCGGACGAUGAGAGCGACGAGGAAGAUGAGCUUGACGACUAGUCGAGCCGCAAGUCGAUGUCCUUCGACAACCGAAUCUGUGUGUACAAUGACGAUAUAAUAUGUAUUAUUGG